GAGAACAGAGGCUGCUUUUCAAGCUCAUGUUGCCUGCUCCUUGGUACAUAGCUGUUCUGAAUGAACAAACUCCACAGGAAAGAUGAAAUUUGAGGAUCUCUUGCUGGAACUGGGGGGGUUUGGCAGAUUCCAGAUUUUUAUUUUGGCUAUCCUUUGCCUCCCAAGAAUCAACCUUCCCAUGCAUUUCCUACUGCACAAUUUUCUUGCUGCUACCCCCUCUCAUCACUGUGCAAUUCCACACCAAGAGGGAAUUGUGAAUCUCACCACAGAGGAAGUUCUACUCAUCAGCAUCCCCCGGGAGCCUGAUGCCACUUUCAGGUCCUGUGAGAUGUUCUCACAGCCUCAGUUUCAUCUGCUGCUCAAUUCCUCUCUGCAACCAGAAAACAAAUCCAUCAUCCAGCACUGCCAGCAUGGAUGGGUCUAUGACUACUCGCAGUUCACCUCCACCAUCUCCACCCAGUGGGACCUUGUGUGUGAGCAGCGUGGACUGAACCAGGUGACAGCAACCAUCUUCUUCAUUGGCAUUACAACAGGGGCCAUGGUGUUUGGAUACCUUUCUGACAGGUUCGGACAGAAGACCGUGCUCCAGCUGUCGCUUGUGUGCUCUGUUGGUUUUGGAAUGCUGAGUGCUGCCUCUGUGUCCUACAGCAUGCUGGCUAUCACACAGACCCUCACUGGAGUGGCCCUGAGUGGUGUAUCUCUUAUUGUAUUGCCCCUGGGGAUGGUGGACAUACAACACCACACCUUCACUGGGAUCCUGAGUAGCAUCUUCUGGAGCACUGGAAACAUGCUGCUGGCCUUGGCAGCAUACUUGGUGCAGGAAUGGCACUGGCUCCAUGUAGCUGUAACAGGACCUUGUCUAAUGAGCAUUGUCUGCCUGUGGUGGGUCCCAGGGUCUGCCCAGUGGCUCAUAGCCAACAGCAAAGUGAAACAAGCUCACAGGCAUCUGCUUAGAUGUGCAAGAAUGAAUGGAAGGAAAGACUUCACUGUCUCACCAGAGGCACUCAGAAGGAUGGCCACAGACAAAAAGCCAGGAGAGAGUUACUCCUACAUCAGCUUGUUUAGGACACCAGUCCUGCGGAAGAUCUCUCUGUGUUCUGGGGUCGUGUGGUUUGGUGUUGCCUUCUCUUACUAUGGCAUGAGCAUGAAUCUGUCUGGUUUUGGGCUCAGCAUCUACCUCUCCCAGUUUGUGUUCGGCGCCAUUGAGAUUCCAGCCAAGAUGGUCAUUUAUGUGCUGGUGAACUGAGUUGGACGGCGGCAGAGUCAGGCGUGGACACUGAUACUGGCUGGACUAUGCACAGGAGCCAACAUUGUCAUUCCCAAGACCUUCAGCUCCUUGCAUUCUGUAGUAGCUGUUAUGGGCAAAGGUUUCUCAGAAGCUGCAUUCACUACUGUCUUCUUGUACACAUCUGAGCUCUAACCCACCAUACUGAGGCAGAAUGGGAUGGGGUACACCUCCUUUGUGGCACGCCUUGGUGGGGCUUUGGCCCAACUGUUCCUGCUGGAUGAUGUGUGGAAGUCUCUGCCUGAGGUGAUGUACUGUGGUGUAGCAGUGUGCAGCAGCGCAGUGGCCCUUUUGCUCCCAGAGACACUCAAUGUGCGCCUGUCUGAGGGCAUCGAGGACAUAGAGAAGCCACAAGUGAAAGUGCUGCCAGAAAUCAGUGCUCCUGGGGGCAUGCCACUACAGUCUCUGCUGAAGUGA